CUCUCUCUCUCUCUCUCUCUCUCUCCAUGUCCCUCCCUCUCCCUCCCAUCAUAUUGGCCGUUGCCAGCUGACUAUAAAUUCUUGAAUAAACUUUCAGUGAGCCCCUGCACUCUUCACUGAAUCUCAAAGUACCGUUUCUGGCUCUUUGUGUCCUGCACCCGCUUCUGCAACCAUGACUGAGUUGGAGACUUGCAUGGAGUCCCUGAUUAAGAUAUUUCACCGCUAUGCUGAUGAAGAUGGUGAUGGAAAGACCUUAAGCAAGAAGGAACUGAAAAAACUAGUUGAGACUGAGUUACCCACCUUCCUGAAAUGCCAGAAGAACCCCAAAACUGUGGACUGCAUCUUGAAAGAUUUGGACCAAAACAAAGAUGAUAAGUUGGACUUUGAAGAAUUUCUUCCCCUCGUCGCCGGCCUCUCAAUGGCCUGUGAGAAGUGUUACGUGCUCUAUGAGAAGAAGGGCAAGAAGUGAAUAUGAAGCAAAUAUUAGGGAAAAUAACAAUGUUGAUUUUUUUAGAGUAAGAGAUUUUUGUAGUACAAAUGUGUGUCAGAUCCACAAGUAAAAACUACCUUUGAAAACA